AUGAAGGAGCUGUUGACGGUCAUCCCGGCUCCACAGGUGGCGCAGACACGAAAUGCCGUUAAAAGUACAGCAUCACCGUUUCAGCUAGGUCUGCAUCUUGGAGAGGCUCCUGUGAUCGACCCGAACCUCUUCGUUGGACGCCUUCCCGAGCUGGAGAGGAUGGAAGAGAUCCUCCAAAGCAGUCAAUCUGGAGAACAGCGUCGAUUGAUCCUCAGCGGUAUGGGCGGCAUCGGCAAGACACAGCUCGCCAUUGCCUAUGCCCAGCGCCACCGCGGCUCGUACGAGUCAAUCUUCUGGCUGAGUGCCGCAUCGGAGGUCGCUCUCAAGACGAGUCUGCGAUCGAUGGCAGAACGGUUUAUGGAGGUGGCGGAAUACGAGAAGUUCGAAGAUGAGCAGAUCCUCCUCCCCAGAACAUUCUCUUGGUCAUUGAUACCCAUCCUUGUCCUGCGUGAGUACGCUGAGUUGUAUGAGGAGGAAGGAUAA